AUGGCCCAGGGCCCAAUUACCGCCCUGCAGUCAACCCCGGUGCCUUCCAUGGCGUCUAAACUUCCAACUGCGCUAUCAGAGGAGGAGGAGCAUCAAUUGCGAGAAUGCGAACGCAUCUUACAGUUUCGGGAUGAGGUGCUGUCGGGCGCCCACCCCAGGAUCAAGGUGCCGGCGCAUUUGGUUGCUGCAAAGAAAAGCAGUGAAUCUCGGAGUCCCGGGUCGCUUGCCAUUGCAGCACCAUCUGGACCGGCUGCGUUGAUGAACAACGUGCCUACAGGCCCGAAAUCCGCGAGCGCAAAGGUGGCGAGCCCGAUCAACGGGUCUCAGAUUGCAAACAACUUGCGCUCGUUCAACGCGAACGCGCAUCGCUCUGCCACCGCUGCUUCGAACAUUGCCUCUGGCCUUGAUUCGUCCUUUGGUACCACGAGCACUAUCUCUGGUGUCCCAACCGGACCCAAGGCUGCCACGCCAGCGCGAUACCGCGAGGCCUCGGGGAGUGCUCAGUUUGAUCCCGUACUUCUCACAAAGUCUGACGACCUGAUCAAGGCUGAGAUACAGCUCCAAAGGAAGCGACUCGAGAGUGCGCUGAGCGAGCAACUUCAACAGCAUCGCGCGGCCAAGAAUUCGCAUGCAGCAGAAGCUCUGGUUGAAUUUGAUCUCGCUGACGUUCUCAUGAAGGCUCUCAAGCUGGUUCAGACCUCUACUCUUCCACAGACUGAUGCCAAUCUAGCAGCUAAUGCAAGCGGUACCGAUGGUGAUUCUUUUGACGACGACACGUUCUACUCUAGCAAACACGACACCCCUGAGUCCCACCAAACGCACCGCUUGCCCGAUCGUGAUGAGUCUGGAGACGCUCAGGCUCGUGAAGAUUCCCACUACGAGCCUCCCAUGGUUAUCCAAGCCAGUCCAGUACCUGAGCAGCAAUCUGCGGUAGCUAUGCCACCAUUCGUCCUGUCAAGUGCAAAUGCAACUCAACCUCAGCAGCACCGAGUGCAGCAAACAUCGGCGCCCGAUCCUCGCAACCGCGCAGCUGUGACGUACUCCGGCGAAUACCAGACCGGGUCGGAUGUCGCAGGUACAAGGAAUGCAAACGAUGUGCCAAUGGAAAUAACUUCGUCGCAGGAGAGCGGGGAGGCGAGCAGCUCGAGAGACUCUGGCCUGGUUGGUGACCAACAAAUGGCUCGUCACCAUCUCGAGUCUGUUACGCAGCAACUGAUCGAUCAAGGCUUUGGUCGCCGUCAGUCGCCGAUUCUUCGUGCGCACAACCUGUCUCCUAUUGCCCCUCAGCCUGCACAUGUUUCUCCUCUGGCCACUGCCCGACAGCCCCCAGUGCCCCGACCUGACGCUCCACCAGCUCAAGCGACUCCUGCGCAAGUUGCGGCACUUAGAAACGACCGCUCCAAUGGCUCGAGUCCUGAGAGUUCUCCACAAGGCGGCAAGCCAAACAAGAAAGGCAAGAAGAAGAACAAGAGAAAGGCUGAUCGCAUGGCUACAAAUACUGUGCCAUCACCAUACAUCAAGCCAGAGCCGCGGUCUCCCUCCCCUCUUACUGCGCCUCAGUUCACAAGACCCAACAAGCGGCAGAGACAAGCACAGCGACCAGCACAGUCAGGCUACGAUCAGCCUCGCAUCGAGGAGCCUUUGGAGAUCGUCGCUCCACACGGCUAUCCUGCACGAGUUUAUAGGGAAGAGAGAGUCGCUUCGGGGUACAGUAGUCCGAGCGGACAGCGUCCUCGCCAAGAUUCCCGCCACAUGCUCGUGGCUGAGCCACCAAGGUAUGAGAGGGACUACCACGAAGGACUCCGUCCAACCGAGGCCGUCCAAUACGUCCGGCGCUCUCCACCCGGAGCACCAGCAUAUCCAUACGCGCCUAGUGAGGUGCAAACCAUCAGGUCGGUUUCCCGUGCUGCGAUUGAGAGGCCGUAUCCAUAUUACGAUGUUCGAGACGCUCCUCGCGCUGUAGUACGGCAAGUGGCGGAUCGUGACCGGUCUCGUUCGCCUGUCAUGGUCGAAGAUCGCUCACCAGCCGUCAUGGGCCCUCCACGCUUGCCGCGGUCGAGAAUCGUGCACGUUGACGAGUUUGGCCGCGAAUACUUGGAUCCUGCUCCAAGACCAGAGGGCGUGGUAACCAGGCGCUCUGUUGUGCCAAGGCCGGUUUACGAUGAUCGGGAAGAAUAUUAUGAGAUGCCUAGGUCAACAACGGUGAUUCGGCGUUCUGUUGCACCCGCGAGUGCUUACGGUGAGCCUGAAAUCAUCUACGAGCGGCCUGCUCCGUCAGUCCGUGCCGCUUCCGCCAUGCCUGGCCCACAACGAUAUGACGACGAGGUUGUCUACCACCAGCCGGCUUCUCCCUCAGGCUAUGCCACCACGCGUCGUGUGGUGACCCGUCCAGCAGAGUACGCGGUCCCCGAGUAUCGGUACUACCGCGAGCGGGACUACCAAGCUGCACCCCCCGGCCAAGCCGGCGAUGACUAUUACGAAGUUCGGAAUGUACAGGAGAGACGGCCAGCAGAUGAUGCCCCACGAGAGUACCGAAUCCGGGCCACAACGGUGCGCCCUGAGGCGGCCCUCAGGCCAGAGGUGGUCGGGAUGUCCAGCGUGCGGCCCGAGCCCAUCCCCGGCGGCUACGGUGCGCCGAUCCCACUGGGUGAGCGGCAGGUGAUGCCGCCUCCUCGGCCUUAUAGCACUCGACCUAUUGCACCUCCGCCUCCUCCUCAGCAGCAGCAGCAACAGUACGUGCGUCCGUGGCCAGAGUACGAGGCCCGGCCGUAUCCAGAGCAGGUUGAGGAGGUCGGUGAUGAUGGAGGUGUGACUUACUUGGACAGUGCUCCCAGAGAGAUGUAUAGAUGA